AUGCGCUUCCUUCUUGUUUUUCUGCUCUCAACAUUUUCCUGCGACGAGAUAAAAAUGAUAAAACUGUUCGGAAAAGUCGACGCUUACAUAACUACCGUUCAACUAUACUUCAAUAGUGUUGAAAAGAGCAGAAAAGUGUGAAAGUGAGCAGAACUACGUGGCUUUUAAGACGACCCUUCCGAAUGCCACUUGUCCAGCAUCUCACAAGGAUGUCAGGUUUUAUGUGGUCUCAGCUAAGGGAGAUAUCUAUUUCUGGCAAAAAAUCAAUUCCGGAUGGAGCUUCGGGUGUAAGCCGGAAUGGCAAAAGUUCAGAAGAGCAGAUGGUUCAGAUGUUUGUAUGAAAGUUCAGUUUGAAGGGACUAGUCGACAAACUGCGAUGGAUAGUUGUGUGGAACAAGGCGCAGUGCUAACAGGCCUAGCUUCUCACGAGGAGCGGGUUUGGGUUCAGGAUAUGAUCGUACAAGACACCGGGAUCACUGCGCUUUUUUGGAUUGGUGGAGAACGAGAUUGUCCGACAGUCCCGUGCACGAAAUUCCGAUGGACAGACGGCUACACCAGCUCCUAUAGCGCUACAGAAACCAUGCCAAUUGAGUCUCUCACCAACUCCGACCCUAUUGGAAAAAACUGUUUGAUAGUAGUUAAUCCCGGUUAUGGCAUGAACAUUUCUGAAGUUCCUUGUGAUGGUACUACACACGGAUAUGUCUGUGGAUAUCAGAUAGUUGCAUGAAA